AUGGCAGUCUUGGUUUCUGUUUCAGAAAUAACUUUGGCUGUCAUCCUGACUCUACUGGGAUUUGCCAUUCUGGCUAUUUUGUUAACAAGAUGGAAACGACACAAGCAAAAUGAAAUUGAUGUCUCAAGAUACAGUUCUGAACAAAGUGCUGGUCUUCUGGACUAUGAGGAUGGUAGAGAUCUUUCCUCUCCAAGAUCUAAAAGAGGAAGAGGAUUCCAGUAUUCAUACUCAACAGAAAGUGACAUUUCAUAUGACGAUCGAGUACAAUUCACAGCACCUAUUCCUGGAGCUACAGGACCUAUCAAGCUCUCUCAAAAGACCAUUGCGAGAUCAACUCCUCACGCAAUCACUGGAUCAGCUCCACAAGCCCUCACUUGUCCACCUUCAGUGCCCAGAGGUCUGUCCAUGGCACCCAUAAUGAUUUCACAGAGAACCUCAACAAGACCUGAGAAAUCUAAAGUAAGGCAAGAAGAACCAACAAAUGUAGCAGUACCUAUCAUUACUCCAGUACCUAUUGUAAUUGGUCCAGUAGCAGCCGUGGACAGUUCUGGAAAAAUCACACUAUCUCCUGUGGUUACAUUUCCAGGUUACAUGGAUGGAGAAGUUGCAAAAAAAUCAGAUUCCAAAGCGCAGAUUCUAAAAAGUGGAGACACUACAAAGUUUAAGAGUAACCAAGAAGAAAACAAGAGAGCACCGAAGAAGAAAAUCUUAUCUACAGAUUCUGAUGAAUUCUUAUCAACACACAAUAGAGAAUCAAAAAGCAAAUUCCAAGAUGUUGAGUUGAAGGAAGAUAAGAUAGAAAUGGAGGUCAAGGUAAAGGACAGUGAUGCCAAGAUAAUGGAAAGACAGGAAUCCCAAGUAAAAGUGAGUGACACAAGAAUGUCAAAAGAAGAGGAAGCCCAGGUAGAGAAGAGUGAGGCCAAUAUACCACAGGGACAGGAAGCCCAAGUAGAGAAGAGUGAGGCCAAAAUACCACAGGGACAAGAAGCCCAAGUAGAGAAAAGUGAAACCAAAAUACCAGAAGGACAGGGGUCCCAAGUAAAGAAGAUUGAGACUAGAAUAUCAAAAGGACUGGGGUCCCAAGUAAAGAAGAGUGAGACUAGAAUAUCAAAAGGACUGCAGUCCCAAGUAAGGAAGAGUGAGACUAGAAUAUCAAAAGGACUGGGGUCCCAAAUAAAGAAGAGUGAGACAGAAGUACCAAAAGGACAGAGGUCCCAAGUAAACAAGAGUGAGAUGGAAAUACCAAAAGGACAGGUGUCCCAAGUAAACAAGGGUGAGACGGAAAUACCAAAAGGACAGGUGUCCCAAGUAAACAAGAGUGAGAUGGAAAUACCAAAAGGACAGGUGUCCCAAGUAAACAAGAGUGAGACGGAACUAUCAAAAGGACUGGGGUCCCAAGUAAAGAAGAGUGAGACAGAAAUACCAAAAGGACAGAGGUCCCAAGUAAAGAAGAGUGACACGGAAAUACCAAAAGGACAGAGGUCCCGAGUAAAAAAGAGUGAGACAGAAAUACCAAAAGGACUGGGGUCCCAAGGAAAGAAGAAUGAGACUAGAAUAUCAAAAGGACUGGGGUCCCAAGUAAAGAAGAGUGAGACCAAAAUACCAAAAGCACUGGGGUCCCAAGUAAAGAAGAGUGAGAUCGAAAUACCAAAAGCACUGGGGUCCCAAGAAAAGGAGAUUUCUGAGGAUAAAGAAAAUCAGGAUAAUGAAAAGAGAUACAGAAAAGAAUAA